CAGUGGCACAGUACGGCAGGUAUGGCGCUCCGGAGAGCUGGGGGUCGAUUGUUGCGCUCUCAGAGGAACUGUUUCAAGAGUGUCUCCGUCCAAACACUUGGAGUUGUCCGAUUCAAACGAACCUGUCCAGUUCAGGUGAGCCGUCUGGAUCAUUGUCUCACAGUGAAAAGUGUGCCAGACACCAUCGACUUCUAUUCCUCGGUCCUUGGCAUGGAGGUCAUCACUUUCAAGGGAAACCGUAAGGCACUGGGUUUUGGGCAGCAGAAGUUAAACCUUCACCAGCUGGGUCAGGAGUUUGAGCCCAAAGCCAUGCAUCCAACCGCAGGCUCGGCAGAUCUGUGCCUUAUCACCGAAACGCCCCUGGCGACAGUAGCUGCACAUCUGAAGGUUUGUGGGGUGGAGAUUGAGGAGGGUCCAGUGGAAAGGAGCGGAGCUGUGGGGACCAUCACCUCUCUUUACUUAAGAGAUCCAGACCACAAUCUCAUUGAAGUGUCAAACUAUAACCAGUCAGGAAAAGAGGGGACUUCUUAAAACUUCCUUUGCCUUUGUUGGUAAAUGAACCCAGCUCUAAUUGAAUGUAAAGCUGCAUGGCAAAGUCCCCUGACAGUCUGUUUUAAGGACAAAGGAAAUAACGGCUUCAACUGAUGUCAGUUUGACUAAUAGGUAAAUAUGGAAUAGGUGAUGAAGACAAGAUUUGUACUUAAAUUUAAUUAUAGUAUGAUAGAAUGGUGUAUGGCAUGGAAAUAACAUUCACAAUAAAAUGAAAGACGUCCUU